ACCAGGGAAGUGUUUGGAAACUGCAGCUUCAGCCCCCCUGGCCAUCUGCCGACCCACCCCCUAGAGCCCUUAAUGGCCCAAACACCAGAGUCCAGGGGGGCAGAGAGGAAGUGCUUUAGACUAUAAAAUUGGUAGGGACCCAGUAACCUCCAGCCUUAAGUGACUAGCUACAAUCAGAGGCCAUCAGCAAGCAGGUCACUGUUCCAUCAUGGCCCUGUGGAUGCGCCUUCUGCCCCUGCUGGCCCUGCUGGUCCUCUGGGAGCCCAAGCCUGCCCAGGCUUUUGUCAACCAGCACCUUUGUGGUUCCCACCUUGUGGAGGCACUCUACCUGGUAUGUGGGGAGCGUGGCUUCUUCUACACACCCAAGUCCCGGCGUGGAGUGGAGGACCCACAAGUGGCACAAUUGGAGCUGGGUGGGGGCCCCGGAGCAGGUGACCUUCAGACCUUGGCACUGGAGGUGGCCCAGCAGAAGCGAGGCAUUGUGGAUCAGUGCUGCACCAGCAUCUGCUCGCUCUACCAGCUGGAGAACUACUGCAACUAGCCCCCUCCCCAACCCAGCCCACCUUCCUGCAAUGAAUAAAACCUUUGAAGGAGCAC